CCAAUUUGUGACAUUUCUCCUUUUUCACUGUCUAGGGGUCCAGCUUCUCUGAUGUUAGUGUCCAUGGUUAAAAUGAUCAUGAGUGCUCAGACAUUUGCCAAACUUGCCUGGUGUGGGUGGCCAUGGAGUGGCAGCCCUUCCCAGGGAACAGGAACUCCUCCACAGACCUGGCUGGUCCCUGCCUGCUCUGGUGCAGGUUGCAGACAGACCGUGAUUGGAUCAGUUGGAUAAAUUUGGGUCCAGAGCUUCCCCUCACAUAGAGGAAAGCAGUAAUGUGGACAAACUAAGCUUUUUGGCCCAGGAAGGAGCCCAAACUGUUUAGAACAGAGGCAGGCAGCGCUACUUUCCUCUGUCCCCUUUGUCCAUCAGGCCUGGCCAAGAUUUUAGGCAGAGACCUCCUUGCUCCCACCCUUGCUGAGCUGCGGCAGUUUUGCACUGUGAACUUCAGAGGAUUUCUCUGCAGGGAUUUCACCAGCUGAAUGUGGUAUGGGGCUCACAGCCCUGGGGGCUGAGCAGGACCCGGGGCACAGGGAAGCUGGGGCACAGCCGAUGCUGCUCCUCCCCUGGCCAAGAUGGAGAAGAGCUGCAGCUGGAGCGUGUGCCAGAAACGGCUUUGGGAGCCCAGGAACAUCAUCCCUGGGCUGUGCCCCUCGCUGUUUCCCGAGAGCCCCGUGGGGAUCAAUCACUGCAUCUCCAACAGAUUGCUCUGCCUGUCUUCGCCUUUGUGCAAAGAGCGAGGCUGGUGGGGCUCUGCAGUGUAAAAGCUGCCCCAAGGAACCAGACAGGCUGGAGGAACGGGCACCAGAGAUCUCACCAAAUCCAGCCAAGAAGGGCCCCAGAAGACCACACCUGGGAGAAGGAGAUACCAGGAAAAUGGACCCUGAACUGCUGAACCUCCCACUCGCAGUCAAGAUCCCUGUGGCACCUGGAUCCAAGCCUGUCUUCUGCAGGGGAAAGCUGGGUGAAAAGCUCCACCGGCCGCUUCCUUGUUUCACUCUGGAUGAUCCCUACUGCCACCACCUCAGCCCAGCAUACAACUGCCUGCAUGACCCUGUCCUUCAGGACUACCACAAGCGCAAGGAUGUGCUGCAUUUGCUGAAGAAACGGGGCUUUGUCACCAGAGAAAACAAGGUGAUUUGCACUGUGAAGGAGUUCAACGAGUACAGGCAGUACCUGACCAGGAUCAAGCUACGGUCAGAGCAGAUCUUGGGGCAGCAAGAACAUGGCCCCAGCCUGCCAAGAAUCACCAACACUUCCUGUCAGGGGAAGCUGCAGCCUCAAAAGCCUUCCAGCGUACCCAAGAGCCAAAAACUGGGGGCAUGCAGAAAAGGGAGAGCAGCUCUGAACAAGGGCCAAACUUACUCCAGAGCUAAGCUGGGGCAGAAGGAUGCCAGCACUGCUGCUGACUCCCAGAGGAAGCCAGAUGGCACUGACAAAGGCCUCUUGAAUGCUAUGUUUGAGCAACUAACUGCAGCAGAAGCCAAGAAGCUUGAAGAGCUGGUUGAGACUGUGGUGUACAGAGUGUUUGAGAGGUUGAAGAUUCCUAGGAAUCAGCAUGGCAGCUUUUUACAGAGGGUUGCCCAGGGAAUCAGAGAAAGACUUUUAGGCCGCACGAGAGUAGAACUUUUGGAUACUUCUCUAGAUCACCAUCAGAAAAUGGAAGUGAUGGCGAAAGAGCUUGUAGCAACAGUGUUGGAGAUCUUGGGGGACCGUCUGGCAUCCAGCACAUCCAAAGCUGCUGAGGCAGGGGUGGCAGCCAAGUGGGAGGACCUGCCUCUUGCUGGAAGAGCCACCCAAGCAGACAAAUCCAAGGACACUGCAGACAGAGUACUUUCAAAGACCUCCCUUGACACACUCACCAGAGAAGUUGUUGAGAGUGUUCACUACACCUUGGAAUCCUCUGUAACUUCUCAGUUUGAACAAGACACUGGCGGUGAGUACACUGAAAUCCUGGAGCUUCCUGGGGGAAAUGUCUCCAACAGACAAGUGCAGUCAUCCCAAACAUGUCCAAGGCAGGGCAUGGAAGCUGGACAAGGAUUCCCCAGAGCAUCUGAACAGCAGAGCCUAAAAGCAAUGGUGAAGGAGAACUUGGAAAGAAAAAGGAGCCUAAAGUCAACAGCCUUAGCCAACACUUUGGAAAUAAGGACCAUGUCAAAUCGGAUUGCUGACUCAGUAUUAGAGCGGAUCAGUCAACCAGGGCCUGCAGCAGCCCUCAACAAGAACUUUCAAGGGCCUGUUGCAAACCCACCCACAUCCCAAGGUGGAAUGGAGAGCUGUGCCACUGAGGACAUUCUCCCUACCGUGGACCCAUUGCCUUCGCAGGCCAUCCCUCCAGCCCAGGCCAGAGCACAGCACCAAGCAAAGCGCCCAAAGUUCAUCUGAUGCAAGUGAGGUGUGUGACUGGAGAGCUGAAGAGCCCUCAGACAGCAAACACAGACCACAUCCUUGUGGUGGCA